GUGACCAGGCGAUUUGAUUUGAGUUUAUUAAAGACCUGACACAUGAGUGAGAAAGUGACAAAACCCGAUCAUGGAGACUCGGUGCAUUUCAGGCUGGUUUCUCCUCUGUCUACUUUCAGUCAGUGAAUGCAGUCAAAUCAUUGGUAUUGAGGGUCAGAAUAUCACUCUGCCAUUUAAAUAUGAUGCCAAAUCUCAUGGUCUACAACACAUUUGCUGGGGAAAAGGAAUCAUCCCGAGCUCUGGUGGUUGUGACAAUGAAAUAAUCUCAACUGAUGGGUCUGAAGUGACACGUAGAUCGUCAGUUAGGUAUCAGUUAUUGGGUGAGCUGAAGACUGGGGACGUCACUCUAACCAUCUCCAAUAUCACAGAGAAAGACUCUGGAACGUAUGGAUGUCGAGUGCAGUACGUUGGAUGGUUCAACGAUGAGAAAUAUCAUGUCAGCUUGACCAUUGAGAAAGCACGUGUCCCGACAACAUCCCAGACAUCUGCCAAUGUGACCAUAACCCCACAAACCAUGGACGACCACGGUCCUGUGACCACAAUAUCCACUGAGUAUUCAUCCACGCUAUAUUACAGAGAAUCAAAAUCAGAGACGAGAGGCCACAACCUGGCUGUGAUCCUGGGGUCCAUUCUGCUUGUUCUGACAGGGGUGGGGAUUGUGUCUGUACUCGUCAUGAGAAAGCGAUGGGAAAGAGUUGCCAUGGGACUCCAAAUACCACAGCGCUCUGGCGGCUCAGUCCUGUACAGAAACUCAGUGUCCAGCUUGGGCCUGCACACUCGAGAGACGGCUGUAGAGAACGUCUAUCAGAUAGAGGACAACGAGAGAGACUACUAUGAGGAUAUCUACUGACGGAGCACGGACACUUCGCCACCACACUUACGCUGUUAACAUGUUGCAUAGUGCAGUAGUACAGUAUAGUGCAGUAGUACAUUAUAGUGCAGUAGUACAGUAUAGUGCAGUAGUACAGUAUAGUGCAGUAGUACAGUAUAGUGCAGUAGUACAGUAUAGUGCAGUAGUACAGUAGUACAGUAUAGUGCAGUAGUGUAGUAGUGCAGUAGCUCUGUGUUACAAGGCUGAGGUUGACUUAAAGGCUAAUGAUUCAGCCGGACAAGACAAAAGUCACUACAGAAUCAGUAGUGUUUGCUGAUAAGUGAACCAAACAGUUGAUUUGUGUUAUUGAAAGGUUUAUUUUUAAAAAAGGGCCUUACUAAUAUGGCUUCCUUUGUGUAUUCAGCACUAACACUAGAAGCACAAGCAUUUCUUUACACUCGCAAUAACAUCUGCUAACCAUGUGCAUGUCACCAAUAACAUCUGCUAGCCAUGUGCAUGUCACCAAUAACAUUUCAUUGGAUUUGUUAACAGUGUAUGUUUCAAUUGAUUAUGAUGACCAGAUCAUUUUUUUAUGUACUAGCCUAAAAGUGACCAAAAUAAAAAAUGGCAUCAGCUUUAAUGCCUGAUGAAAUGAAAAGCAAUGACUUAGCAGGAAGUGUGCUAUGGUUUUCUAUCCCCUCCAUGUCCUCUAACCAGGACAUUUAGCUACACCCAUCUGCAACAUCACCCAGGCAUACAAAGGCAGUGAAAAGUCACACAUAAUCGCGACAUUCUUCGGAAAAUGGUCUUCUUUACCCAAUUUUGGGGUAUAUUGUCUUGUUCAAACCCAAUCUGUUGCAUGAUAAUAAAAAUUCUAACUUGAAA